UCACAGCAUCGUCGACAUCGAUAAGGUGGUCGAUGAUUGUUCGUGGUUCGUGGUCGUGGUGGUUUCGGUUUGGGUUCCGCUCUUCUGCUGCUGUAGCUGUUUUGCUUUUCUGUUGAUUUGUUCCAAAAACAAAAAGUGUUUCUGUCCUCCAGGCCUACAGGUCUCUCUCUAGUCUUGGGUUCCUUUCAAUUUGGUUUGUUUAUCUUUAUUUUGAUAAAUCGAAAUCCACCCGAAACUCGAAGGAAACGCAAACCAAACGAACAAGUGUCUAAAAACCAAAACCAAGUGCGGGAAUGUGUACACACCCGAAAAUGUGCAAUUAAACUUUUUAUUAGUUUAAAAGUUAACCUUAGUAAAUCAAUUAUUAUAAUUAUUAUAGUAUUUUUAAACAAAAUGUCCCUGAAAUUCACUCACGCAAUUGUAACUAGGCUUUCCGAGUCUUUAUGUGGUGCUGGAGACUUUGAUGUGCAACUUGCCAAGAAGCAGCAUGAAGCCUACGUGAGUCUAUUGCGGGAAAUUGGUUUGGACGUAAUUGAAUUGCCGCCCGAUGAUAGUUUGCCAGAAAGCGUAUUUGUUGAAAAUACAGCUGUGAUAUGCAAUGGAGUCGCCUUAAUUGCCAAAUCUAAAAACCCAAUACGCCAACGUGAGGCUGAUAGUAUGAAAAUUAUUCUUAAAAAAGAGUUAGACAUACCUGUAGUUGAAAUGCCAUAUCCAAAUGCGGUAUUAGAUGGAGGCGAUGUUUUGUUCACGGGUCGAGAGUUUUUCGUAGGACUGUCGGAGCGAACUAAUGAAGAGGGAGCCAGAGCAGUCGCAACAACAUUCCCCGAAUACCCAUGCACUCCCAUAAAGAUAUCUGGACAUAAACCUUUGAAAUAUUAUGUGACCCUUGCGGGACCUGAUGUCUUAGCCGUUACGACAUCGGAGAGUUCGCAACAGAUUCUAAAGCGCAUGGAAAGAGAAGCCAGUUUUGCCUAUCAGACACUAACACUUCCCGAAGAGCAUGCAGCCAAUAUGCUCUACAUAAAUGGCACCCUUAUUCACCGAUCGCCAGGAGAAAUAUCACAAUCGCACAAAAUAAUUAAGGAAAAAGUUGAUAUUCCAAGUCGAAAUAUUGAUAUAAGCGAAUUUAGUAAAUUUUCCAGUGGAUUGACAUCGUGUUGUCUACUUUUACGCCGAUGGAAGUCUAUACGUAGUCUUUAACUAGAAUUUUUUACCUCUCGUCUAAUAUAAAUUCAUCCGCACGCACAAACGUAUAUAAUAGUAAAUGUCUUCUGUUUUUCUUUUUAGUAUGUUUUAUUUAUUUAUACAUAAUAAUAUAAUAUAGCAAUUCUUGUAAUAUUAUAGUAAUUUAUUAAUAUAAAAUUAAAAUCUCGAAUUAUACACACGUUAAAAUAAGUGAUUUUUUUUC